AUGUUGCAACCUAAACAAAAAAGACAAGCCACCAAAGCCGAAAAACAAAAUCUUUUUGGACAAAAUGCAGCGCCGACCAGACACACAAUCCAGCCGCACCAACAAGAUGGCGGGGAGGAAACACAUGACGGCAACCCCUUCACUGACCUUGCCGACCAGACAAUGGAGGAGCCGGUCACUAAACAGUUCCUUCUGGAACAACUAGGAGCAUUCUCCAGCAAAAUGAUGGCGGGCUGGGAGGCGGGCCUGUCAAGCCUGAAAAAGGAUAUCAGAGAGCUGGGAGCGAGAACCUCCCGCAUGGAGGAGAGAAUGGAGGAAACUCAAGAAGCACACAACCACCUAAUAGACCAAGUAAACACAUUGCAAGCGACUAUAUCCACAAUGGAGAACAAACUCAUGGAUAUUGAAGAUAGGGCGAGGAGAAAUAAUUUACGACUGCAAGGCAUACCGGAAACGGACUGCGGACCUCCAGGCCUACUUGCACGAAUUCUUCCGUGUGCUCUCACCGGACACGCCGUCGGCUAUGCUACUCCUGGACAGGGUACACAGGAUACCCAAACCUCAACACCUACCACCCUCUGUUCCCAGGGAUGUAAUCCUGUGUGCUCAUUACCACCAUAUUAA